UCUUAUACUAUUCAUCGUGAGCAACAUGGCCACUCUAUCGCGCUGCAGUUGGCCAGACCCCAAAAAAGAUCCUUUGAUAUACAUCGCCAACCCCAUAGAGGCACGAAUGCCAGGCCACUGGGUACCAUUAAGUAUUAUGAAGGCGAUCAUGCAAAAACAAGUGACGACUCGGCCGCCCAAGCUAUCAGGCAAAAUAACUUCCACUUGGCCACCUUCAUCGCUAUCAACAUCUUUAGCAACCACAACAACUUCAAAACCUACGACGACAUUGUCAACAAUAUUUUCUACAGAACCUAAUACGAAACCAACUACGGAACUUACUACGGAACCUACUACGGAACCUGCUACAAAACCUACUACUACAGAACCUACUACUACAGAAACUACUACUACGGAACCCACUACAGAACCUACUACGAAACCCACUACAGAAACUACUACGGAACACACUACGGAACCUACUACGAAACCCACUACAGAAACUACUACGGAACCCACUACAGAACCUACUACGGAACCCACUACAGAACCUACUACGGAACCCACUACAGAACCUACUACGGAAACCACUCCAGAACCAGAGGAACAACAACCAGAUAGCCAUAAUCGGCGUAACGUAUAAGCACGACAAGCACAUGCUUGGGUCCCCGCGCCUCCAGGGGCCCCCCUCCACUGCUGCCGUUUCAUUUUAGGGUCAAUUCAGACGUAC